UACAUACAUAUGUUAUAUUGUUUCUCUGGAUCAUUACUUUGAGUACGUGUCUAAAAAUGUUGGUGGAAUGUUUUUUUUCCAAUAAAGUUUUUUUGGGGGGAGCAACAACAAAAAAAGGACUUUCUGCUUGAAGGAGAGAAGUAGCUGCAGUCUUUGUGCUAAGCUAGGCUAACAGCGGCGGCCAUGUUGAGAGCUGUGAGGACCCUGGCCCCUCUGACCCGCUGCUGCUCCAGCUUCGUCUCCAGGAUGAGGUUUGUUGAGCGGCUGAAGCGGGACGAUGGAGCGUGUGCUGCAGCGCUGCAGAGCGGCCAGAUGUUCCUGUUCCACCGGCUGGCUCCACUGCUGCAACGCACCGAGAGGGGAACCCUCAGACCCGUAGCUCGCAGAACCUCAGACAUGCAGUCGAUCCUGCAGAGACUCGGCUCGGACCCAGCCCUGCUGGAGAAGUCAGUUCUGAUUGGCUGCUCCCAACAGAACCAGGCUCAGUUCUGCCUGGACGUCGGAGAAGUGGACCAGGAGGUUCUGGAGGAAGCGUGUGAAGGAAACUUCAUCGAUCUGAAGAAGUCUUUCUUUCUCCUCCCGGCAGCAGAGGCUCCUCUGGUUGCCAAGGGUCAGGCUCUGCUGCGCUGGCAUCAAACCAGCGGCUUCUGCAGCACCACGGGGCGGCCCACCUUCCGCAACCGGGCAGGAAGUCAGAGAGUCAGUGGUGACAUCAUCUACUACCCCAAGAUGUCUCCGGUGGUCAUCGCCCUGGUGUCUGAUGGGAAACGGUGUUUGUUAGGCCGACAGGUGUCCUUCCCUCGGGGGAUGUACAGCGCUCUGGCCGGCUUCUGUGACAUGGGUGAGAGUCUAGAGGAGACAGUGAGCAGGGAGCUAGCAGAGGAAGUAGGUCUGGAGCUCCUCAGCAUCUCCUACAGCUCCUCGCAGCAUUGGCCCUUUCCUCACAGCUCCUUCAUGAUUGGCUGCCACGCCACUGUAAGCCCCGCCCACACUCAGCUGUCCGUGGACCAAUCAGAGCUGGAGGACGCUCGCUGGUUCAGUCUGGAGGAAGUGGUCACCGCCCUGCAGGUGAAGGCUCCGCCCCCGAGAGGCACCGCCGGCCUAUGGCUGCCUCCCAAACACGCCAUCGCCAACCGCCUCAUCAGUGAGUGGGCGGAGCAACAGAGACGCAGCCUGGACAGGGAGACGGAACUACAGAUCCCAGACUGAACUACAGAUGAUCCCAGAGUGAACUACAGAUCCCAGAAUGAACUACAGAUGAUCCCAGAGUGAACUACAGAU